AUGGCGGAGAUACGGCGUCGAAUUCGUCAGUUGCGAAGAGUUGUCAGGAUAGAGAGAGUGUUUCAAGAUAGGUUGAAUCCGCUUGAAGUCCUGUCGGACGAAGAGAUUCUUCGGCGGUAUCGCUUCCGUAGUAGAACAGUAAUGGACAUUGUGGAAGUGCUGUUCCCCUUCUUAGACAGGCCGACGAAGCGCUCGUCACCUCUCCCACCACUUUUGAGCGUCUUAGUAACGCUUUAUUUCUUGGCCUCGGGAGCCCACUACGUGGUGAUAGGGGACGUUCAUGGAGUUUCGGCGCCCUCUAUAUGCAGAUCCGUCAAUUGCGUUGUGAAACUGCUGGCGCGAAUGGGCGUGCAUCGGAUAAAAUUUCCAAGAUUACUUGGCGACACAAAGGCCAAGUUUUAUUCCAUUGCAGGUAUAUUAUGA